GAGGGAGGGAGGGAGUGAUGAUGGUGGUGAUGAUGAUGGUGGUGAUGGGUGGGGUAGGUCUGGGUCUAUCGCGGCAACUUGGGCCAGAUGACCACAAUGCGAGCAAGGGGUAGAGGGAUAGGGCAGAGGCACUUGUCGACAGCCGGCGUAGAGAGAGGGCCUACAAGGGCUGAUACCAUGGGCCGCAAGAGCAAGAAGAAAGUCUACGCCGUGGCCAAGGGCUGGAAGGUCGGCGUCUUUGCCCAGCCGUGGUCCGAGGUCGAGCCGCUGGUCAAGGGCUUCCCGGGCGCACGCUUCAAGGGCUUCUCAUCACACGCCGAGGCAAAGGCCUUUGUCGCUGCACAUGCAAAAAGUAGUCGCGGGAGCAGCGGCGAGAGGCCUACAAGUCAUGCUGCUCCUGCCAAGAAGCGGCCAUCGACCCGCCCUCCGCCGACAUCGGCCGCAUCGGCUGCGCCGACAACGCGGAGCCAGCGCGGGCGGCAGGGCGAUAGUCAGGCCAGCUCGCGCGCACGGUCACGGGAGCGCGAACAAUGGCAACCUCCACCGCAGAAGCAGCAGGCGUCUGCUGCCCCCGAGCCGCCGUUCUCCGGCGUCGUGAGUGGCUCGAUCGCAGACUUGCUGCUACAGGUCGGGUACAGGCCGGGGCCAAGUUGACCUGGUGUGAUACGUUCACAAUAAAGGGUUGGCCCUUGACGGUGCGGUCGUUCGGACGCGUUGUCGCGCGUCUCAAAGUGACACAGCGCCGACGUCUGCGCUCGCCCUUUUCACGCUCGUGGCCAGCCCGCGCGUCGUCGCCGUCGUCUUCUUUCGCGCGGAGUGGCCCUCGGCCUGCGCCACCUUGUUGACGUUCUCAGCAGCCAUGAGCGCGGCGCGCGCCGCCUCAGCCUCGGCCUUGGCGUCAGCAAGCUCCUCUCGCGCCCUCUUUUCGGCGGUCGCGGCCGCCUUCUUCCGCAAGCGCCUCGCUCGUCUUGCGCGCCGCGUCGAACGUCUCAUGGAACGAGCACGCGUCGGCGCCGACGACGGCCUUCCACUCGCCCACAGUAAGCACGACGUGCGACGACGCAACGCCGUCUACAACCUCCGAUGCACGUAGGUACACAGAGACGUUGCCCUGCGGUAUGUCUGAGUGUUCCAGGUUCUCCUUCUUGAUCUCCAACCGGCGUGUACCACUACAUCUACAUAAAGUUGAGGACAAACUACUUGAUAUACGCGCAAACGCUCUCUCAUACCGCCACCACCCGGGGGGAGAACAGGGUGGCCGGCUACACGGAGGUCGCCUCGAGCUGGGCCUUGCGGUCCUGGACGGCGGUGACGUGUGCGUCGUGGUCGGCGAGCUUGGCGAGCUUGGCGGCCUGUGCGGCGUCACGGUUGGCCUGAGCCUGCAUCAUGGCCGACUGCGAGUCGGCGAUGACCUUUGCAGCAUUGAGCUUGGCCUUGGCCCUCUGCAUCUCGGCAACGGCCAUGGCGUGCUCGACGUCGGCAGCAGCGGAGCCCUGGCGGGCAGCGAGCGCUUCGAUGCGACGCUCCUCGGCGGCGGCCAGCGCAGCGUCGGUGUUCUCGCGGCGGGCAGAGAGCUCCUUGGCCCGCUCGGCCUUGGCAUGCGCCGCGGCCGAGAUCGACUUUUCGAACUCGAGACCGGCCUUGGCAGCCUUGAGGGCGAGCAUGGCGUCGCGACGCUGGGCAGCCCCCUCCACGGCGGCCACCGACGCCGCGCGCUUAGCCUCGGCUUCCUCGUCGAGCUUGCUGGCCACCGCGGCCUUGGCAACAUCGACCUGCAUCGAAUGCGACGCCAGCCGAGUCUUCUCCGCCGCC